AUGGCGGAUGUCGUCGAAAUUCAUGGUGGGAAUGACUUCGAGGAUGAUACGGAGGGUGAUCAUGGAAUCAUGCGCCUAAAGGAGCAGGCGACCAAACGCAAGGGUCGUGGUUUUCGAGGAGAGGUUGUCACACGUGCUCAGGAGGAAGAAUUCGAGUCUCUUAAAACGGACGAUAAUGCCUCUGCAACUGGUCCUCAACGCUCUAUCGAGGGUUGGAUCGUGUUUGUGCGCAACGUUCACGAAGAGGCUACAGACGAAGACAUCCGAGACAAGUUCUGUGAGUACGGAGAAAUCAAGAACAUCCAUCUUAAUCUCGAUCGACGUACCGGUUUCCUUAAGGGUUAUGCACUAGUUGAGUAUGAGACUUUUAAAGACGCCAAUGCAGCCCUCCAGGCCUUGAAUGGUAGUGAGUUGCAUGGGCAGAAGAUCUUGGUCGAUUGGGCCUUCGUGAAGGGCAGUAGCCGCGGCAGCGGUAGCAGUCGAAGACCUGGUCAUCGGCACGGAGGUGGUGGCAAUCAGCGCCGUAUUAGCCGCUCCCGAAGCCGCAGCCAUUCGAGGUCUCGGGAUAGAGCCCGUAACUGA